AAAUAUUCAUAAUUUUUCUAUUCAAUUAUUUAUUUAUUUUAUAUAAUUUCGUAUGCGGUAUUAUGGCGAACCAAGAAAUAAGUCUUAAGUGGAAUGGCUAUCAAAAUAAUAUAUUACACAACGUUAAGGAAUUGUUUAAAGACGAGGGAUUAUCAGAUGUAACUUUAGUUUCAGAGGGACAUAGCUUUAAAGCUCAUAAAGUUAUUCUCUCGGCCAAUAGUGCAGUGUUUAGAACUAUUUUUCAGCAAAACCCCCACAAGGAUCCAAUUAUAGUUCUCCACGACAUUAACACAAGUUCCUUGCGCACACUCUUAACUUUUAUGUACAAUGGGGAGGUAAAUGUGACUGAAGAGUUCUUACCUGUCUUGUUAAAAACAGCAGAAGCUCUUAGAAUAUCUGGGCUUUCUACAGGUAGUGAGAUAAAUCAAGAUGAUGAGAAAGCAUCACCUAUUUUAGGGUCACAUACCAAAAAGCGUAAGAAAAGUAACUAUGAGGAUAGCAAUAGUAAAGUAAAGAAAAAGUUGGAGCCACUAAAUAAUGUCAGUUCAGAUGUUUUGAAAAACUGUAACGUUCUGCCAAAAGUUGAACCAAUUGACUCGCCGCUUACCGACUAUUCUGGUGAUAAUACAAAUGACACAGAUAUUGCAGUCCUUGAUGAAAGUGACAAGAGGUAUCGCAUAAAUCUAGAUUUACCAAAUAAGAGCACUACCAAUGAAUCCACAAAGAAGGGGAUAAAUGAAGUUAGCAGUACUCAACCAUGUUUGAACAAUGUCUGUGAGAAGAUUAGUUCUGACUGUGACAAAGAAGUGGAAAUUGAUAAGGAGGUAGAAACAGUAUUACAGAGUGGAACACUGGUGGAGUCAUUGAAUAUUACAACGGAGAACUUAAAAUUAAUGACAAAUGAGGCUAUUGUAAAAGAUAAAUCAGGUGCCUGCUAUGCAAAUCCGUCAUUUCCAUGUCCUUUUUGUCCGAGAGUAUACAACAGUUGGGGCUACAGGAGAAGACAUGUUAAAUCUAGGCAUGUGAAUACCAGAUUAUCAUGCAAAUGGUGCGUCACAGUACUAUCAUCGACUGGCGCGUGGUACUCGCAUGCUACCAAGACGCAUGGAGUGCCGCAUGAAGAGGCAAGAAACUCACUGGUAGUAAUGGUCGAAGCACAUGCGGUACUAACUCUAAAUGAACCAAGUGUGGCACAGUUAUUGGGGCAAGUCGGAAUUGAUGCGAGUGGCACUGUGAGUGAGAAAUUGAGUGAGUGAGUUAUUUUUUUUUUGUGAAAUUGACAUGAUUUGGAAUUUGACAAUUGCUUUGUUGACAACCACUUUAUGCAAUUCACUUAUGGGGUAAAUAUGGGGUAUAUUAUCGCAAACGGGGUGAUAAUAAACAAGUCCUAAAAACAAUUAAGUAAAUUUUUUUAAAUUGAAAUGCUGGUUAUGCUCAUUAUUUUAAUGCCUUUAGUUGGCGGAAAUGAUGACUAUAUCAAGUUACCGACUUAUUUGGCAUGAUAAAUUAGAUGACAUUUUCAUUUACAAUUACAAAUUUGUUUUUUCAAGUUUACCGCAUUGAUGAUAAUGUAUAAAUAAAAAUAUUGUUUUAUAUUGCCCCUAAUUAAAUUGGUUGUACUGAUUAUCCUGUAAUAUCAGUAACACUGACCUUAUAACCCGUAGAAACCUUCUACUUAUUUUAGUUAUUUAUUAGUAACAUAGAUCUUAUAUUCACUACAGCCAACGAUUUUUUACGAAAUCUUUUAGUAUUAGAAGUCUGGGUUAUAAAGUGGAUGCCCGUAAAAGUAUUAUUCAUUGACACUAGUGAAACAGGGUGUCUGAAACUAAUCAUUAUAAAAUUUUCAAUAAACUUUAAGCAAAAAUAUGUAAUAUGUAAUAAUGGUAGGCCAAUAUCUCGAAUAUGAUGAUGCUACAUGAUAAAUUAUAGACAGAAGCACUUAAAAUUUAACUGGAAGAUUGUGAUACAUAUUCUAAAGAUAACAUUUAUAAUAAACAAAGUCUUCUAUAUAUUCUAUCAUUGUUUUUGGCAAUGUAAUAAGUAAUAUUAGUAUUAGAACUCGUAAGAAGUUUAUACUUAAGCUUUUGUGUAUUGUGUGUCUUAAAUAAGUGAGAGUAAUCUGGUCUAUGAAUAACAUCGCUGUGAUUGCCAAAAUAAACAUAAUUUUAUAUUUUCACUUACAAAAACUAUUUUAUAUUCUUAUAAUAAGCGUGUUCAAAGAAAUUGCGGUUUCUUAUAGUUUAAGACAUACUAAAUCUAUAUUUGAUAUGAAGAAGCAAUAUUAAUAUUUUUGAUAGUAAUUAUGAGAAACCUUGUGAUAAAACUUAUUAUUACAACAAUUUUGACACCGUAAAAAUCAUUUAAAAGUAAGUGUAUCUAUUAUGAAAUGAUUUUUCUUGUGUAAAACAAACAUUUUCAAAGCAUAUCGGAGUAACAGAAUUUUACAGAGUGGAUAGUGUGAAAAUUUUCUGGACUUAAAUAUAUUAAAAUAAUCAACAGGAAUAUAAAUUUCAACUCAGAAACAGCAGUAACUUUCCAUGGCCCUCUAAAUGCAGGGCUAAUUCAAUUUUCAAUAGUAUGCAUUUUGUAUUCUGUAUACUUUGAGCGAUUCUGCAUGUUCUGCAUUCCCUCUGAGCACACAGUGAUGAAUGCGGUAGAAGUUACAAGGAAACAUUUAUCGCUCUUCGUUGGAUGCCUCAAAUGGACGAAGCUGGUACUGGUUAGCGCCCGCCCAGAGGUGGAAACAGUGCUCCAUAUGAGGCUGAAUUUCCACCAUUGCAAGCGGAGGCUUGAAGUGAAGUACUGUAUUGCCCUACUGAGUACACCAAGACGCUUUCAGAGGCCAGUUUGGCUUUCUCUUCCAAGUGACCACGGAACUGACGUGGCUCGAUAUAACGACGAAGUGCUAGCUGUGGAAGUUAGAGAGUGAUCUUGAAUCGAGGGGAUACGACAAAGGGAGACUUCUUAGCGGUGAACGCACAAACUUGUGUCUUCUUGGAGUUACAAAGAUUUAAAUUUUGCCGGUCUCACCUAAAGCUUGGGCUCACACUCCAGUCUGUCCGCAUAUCAUACAGAUGUUUGUUAUGGUUCACUACAGGGUACAGUUUUUUAAUAUCAAGUAAUAUAUUAUCCACUCUGUAUAAACUGUAAGUAGUUACAUAAUUAUAUGAUACUUCAGUGAAUAAUUUUCAGAAAAAACUAAGAAUAUGAUAUGUACUAUCUACUAAUUACCUUUUUUUUUAAAAACGCCCGAAUCCAUCAUUACUUAACUGUAAGUUAAUAUUAAUUUUGAUCUCACCCCAGACAAGUCAGUGUAUGUUUUAAGUGUUUUCUAAUAUAUUAAUUUUAACGUUUUACAAUAUUAUUAAGAUUCACCAGGUAAUGUAUUAUCUUUGAAUGAAUGCCAUGACCACCAUGAAAUUUUGAAUGAUCUACUGUAGUAAUUGCUUUGUUUGUUAUUUUUUAAAGUAAUAACCCCUACUUCUGGGUUACACAAAUUAAAUUUAUGAACGUUGUGGGACUCGAACCCGCAACCUCUCGCAUUGAGGAAACGGUUCGAGUGACGUAACGAUCAUAAAUCUUGAUGUCUUGUGCAACUCUCAGGUUGUGGCUCAUCUACAGGAUCUACUUUACAGUUGAUAACCUGCUCAAACCCAAUAUUUGCAUAUUAUGAUAUUGACUUGAGAUGUCGCUCUUUCAAAUCUAAACAAUUUGUUAUUUUAAAGUGAUAACUAGAGACCGGAUUAUAUGCAAAUACAUAUUGCAUAUGCUUUUGCAUAUUUAGUACCUUUUCAGCGGUAGUUGCAUAUUUUAGAAAAAAAGAAAUAAUUAUGCAUAUUUACGUUUGAUCUCGCUCAUCGAUCGAUGCUUUUCAUAGUAAGCCCCAAACAUUGCACCCAAAUUUAAUUUCUGCCCAGUAACCUCAGUAGACGUAGAACGCUCCUAUUCCGCUUACAAAAAUUAAUUAAGCGAUCGUAUACACAAUUUGUCUACAGAACAUUUAGAACAGUACUCAGUAGUACAUAUUUUUAAAGGUAAAUCUAAAAUUUCAUUGUUGCCUAGGUAAGUAGGUAUAUCUUCUUAUAGUUUUUUUUCACAAAUAUGAGUUUCAGUACAAGCCUUUAUAAAAUAAAAUAUUUUAAAAUAUGACUUUUUAUUUUUUUCUGUUUAAUUGUAUGCAUAUUUUGGACCUUUUUAUGGAUUUUCAUGCAUAUUUUAGCUAUAUUACUUGCAUACUUUGGCCAUUUUUUGUAGCAUAUAAUACGGUCUCUAGUGAUAACCCUCACUUCUGUUAAUAAAUCUUAUUUAUAAAUUUAGUUUGUGUAAUUGCUGUCGAUAUCUGUCCUUACCUUAUUCAAAAUAUUUUUUUCUAAUAAACUUCAUAUUGACUGAUAUUUACAGAGCUUAAGAUUUUUAUAAAUUUUUACAAGUUUUUUGUAUACUAUUUGUAAUUUAUAUAUGAGUCAAUUAUCAACCACAUCAUGUAAACACGUGUGACAUAGUUAUAAGUAUUAAAUAUAAGUUUUAAGUGUAAGCAUAAUUAUCUUAGUCAUUAUUUAUAUAUCGAGAGAGCUUUUGAUGAGUCGGUAUAGUUAUAUAUUAAGAAUACGGCCAAUUGAAUUUUAAAUAAAAAAAAAUAGAAGUUAUAGUAACAUAUUAAUUUUUAAUGUAUUUAAAUAACACUAUAUUACAACUCGAGCAAUAAAUACGGAAUAAAAUAAGUUAAAUAGGCAAUGAAAAAUAUACCUACAAAAUUGCAAUACAUUUAUCGUAUACUAAGCCAGUCAUUAAAUGGGAGAGGAGUAUUCCCAAUAUCGCGCGCUCUUUCUGACUUACAAACAUUAUUGUAUGUUAUACCAUGCUGUGCUAUAUUUAGAGCUAUUUUUAAUGUCUUAUUUAUGUAUAUAGGUUGUCUAAAGAAUAGGAAAAAGCUAUGUCUUACUGAUCCAACUAACAGGAAAUGUUUUAAUUAUCUAUUAAAUAACCUAAAAGCUCUAUAAUAUGUCUUCUUUUUUUUAAAUAUAUAUUUUUGAUGUGAUAUACAUUGAGCUUCACAAAAUUUUGGAUUAAUUAUUUACGUAGAAGCGAAGAAGUACAUAAUGUUAGUUUCACGUGGAAAUGCAGAAAAUACCUAUGAAUACUUGUAUUCAUAUUAUUUAAAAUAAUCAAUAGUUUUGAUUUUAUUCAUUAUUAUUGAAAGAAGACAAAAAUUCCGACAAUACUGAGCCUAAAAUUUAAAAAAAUAUUUAGUUCAUUGCUUAUAGAUUUCAGGAACACCUAUAUAACCUAUUCAGUAAGAGUACCUAUUGUAAAACAUACAACAAUUGAAUUUUGAAAAACAUAUUUUGUCAUUGUACGGAACUCUCUCCACUCAAUUUCAACUCGCACAUGGCCGGUGGCGGCCCUACUUGGACUUGAUAUUAGUUUAUAUCGCGCCCACAGGGAAUACUCUGGUAACAAAUAAAGGAAAUCGCAUUCACAUUUAUUGCACAAGUAAGGAUCGAAAAUUAUUUUGAAAAUAUUUUUCCGGGAGGUUUUAUAAAUAAUUGAAAAUAUACACUUUAUUUAUGAAUAUAAUUCACAGAAUACGUAUUAUUACAAGGAAUCAAUACAUAUAGGUACUUAAAUUAAAUAAGUCAUUCUAUGAAACUGGCACAUCCUAAAACAUAUCAACUCGUACAAAUCAAAGAGCUAAUAAAAUAGUACAUUAUUAUUUUAAAAUAUUGUAAUAAUAUGAUUGACCUCAAAUGUAUAAAUAAUAUAUAUAUAUAAUAUAUUAUCAUUCCCAAUAUGUAAUUGUUUAAGAUUCUCGUAAAUAGCAUUUGACAAUUCACAUUAUAAAUGAAAUUUUAUGACGAUUAAUUAUUGACCUUAAAUAACGAAUCCAUGUUUUCAUAUAGCCUACAAUUUUUAAUACAAUCAGAAACACUAAUGGCUUUGUCAGAAUGCUUUUAAGGAAAUGUCAAGAUGAAAGAACCAAUUCAAGCUUCGAUACAAAGUUAUUUAACUUUAAUUAUCUAAAUAAUAAGUUACCAAAGCAAUGAUAAGUUAAGUUAUUUUAUAAGUAUGCUAAGAUAUAUUUUAUAUUUUUGUAUUAUUAAUAUGUAGGUACUUCAUCAUUUACUACAACAUACAUCAUACUAUAUUUCUACCAGAUACUAAUGAAUAUUUAUAACCAUUAAAAAGUAACUUACGACUGGUUGUAAGUGUAACUGUGGCUUUAACAUUGUCAUAGAUAGUAUGCCAUGAUAUUUUUCUAUUUUAAAACCAUUGAGAAUAAAUAUAUUUUUUACGAUCA